UGUACUCACCAGUGUUUCUUACCUUGAUCCCCUGGGGUUCCCCUUGUCAAAGGCCCCCCAGGGAGACUUGCAGGCUGGAGGGACAAAUUCCGGAACGACAGCCUGUGAACAUGACCCUCCAGCUGACCGUUGGCCCCUGUAGCAGUUCUUCCAAAUCCUGAAGAGCGUUUCCUCAUUCUCGAGCAGGAGCCUGGACUCUGGGUCGUCGAGGACGCCUCCUCCGGGCCCGCCUCCUCCAACUCUGUCCGUGUCCUCAUGCAGCUGCUGCAGUGCCCGGACGUGGCGGCCGCUGCCGACGACGAGAUGGUCAGGACCCUGGCCAACUGGUUCCAGCGCGAGGAGCCGGCCGUUGUGAAGCUGCUGCUGCGGGCAGUGGGGAUCCUCUCGAGGCACGAGAACACGGGGAAGCAGCUCCGUGCCCUGCAGCCCUACGUGCUCAGCUGCUGCUACUCUGCGGACGGCAGCGUCGUGGCGGAGACCUUCCAGGUGCUCAGGGACCUGGUGGACCAGCUGCCCUGGCAGCACUCGGCUGCCUUCCUCAUCCAGCUUGCGUUCACCCUCGCACCCUUCCUGGAGGAGGUGCGUCCCCCAAGGCCUGUCUCCCUCCUGGGGCAUCGUCUGUCCAGUAACGGGGUGGCCAGAACUGUCUCCGAGGCCCUCCGGCUAGACGGCGACGCCUGCGAAGGGGCUGACAGCCAUGGCCCCCGGCCUGGGGAUGGUCCAGAGGGCAGAGGGCAGUCGCAGUGGGGUCGUGAUGACGGGGGCCCUGCGGACGGUGGGGGGCUCAGGGCCACCGUCUGGAAGGCGGGGCUCCACUGCCUGCCCCUCACGUGGGUGCACGUGUGUGUUCUCCCCCAGGAGUCCGAACAUCUGCGCCUGACAGCCUUUGAGAUCUACGGGGCUCUCCUGGCCAAGGUUAGCAGGAGGGUCUUUGUCUUCCCCUUGAGGCACCAGGUCCUCAACCUGCUCAUCCUGCUCGUACUCCACCUGGAGGAUGCUAACGGCAGAAUAGCUCAGAUCGCCCGGCCCACACUCUGCCACCUGGCCACCUUGCUGGGCUGGUCAAAGCUCAGGGCGACUUUCGCUGAGAAAGACGUAUGGACCAUCCUCAGUGCCCUGCUGCAGCAGGAGGUGGACCGAGCCCUCUGGUUCCUGAAGCAAAGCGUACAGCUCUUCAGGAGCCCGCAGGUCCCCAUCCGUCGGGCCGCCGUGUGGUUCGCAGCCCUGAGGCACAUGCGGGCAGACCCGGACCCCACGGUCAGCUGCCUCGCCACGCAGACCUCCUACAUCCUGGAGGCCAAGGAAAAGACGUGGGUCGCCAGCUCCACCUCCUGCUUCUGCCCCAGGAGGCUGCGGAAGGCCUACUUCUGAGCCCGCGGCUCGUCAGACGAGACUGCGGCAGCGGAGACCACGGCCUGGCUUCUGAGCCCUGCUCUAGACGAGGGGUGUCCCUGCAGAGCUUCUGUAAUAAAAGGAGAAAGCGGAGACUUCCA